GUGCUUAAUCGUUAGUUCCUUAUUAAGUACAUGUGUCUUUUAGACGAAUAAGUACUUAGGUACUUAUUUAAUAUGGGGCCUGCAUGACAGCGUCAUAGCCAAUCCAAUCCAGUCGCACGAAGAUCGAACCAUACAAAAUCAUUUAAAGUCCAAGCUCCCAAGCAACAUUUUCGCAGCGCUCAUCCCACGAUGGCGCAAAACGACAACGAACAACCCAAACUACGCGGUCCUCCACCAGGGGCCACGGCACCGCCCGACCACGUCAAGAAGCCACAGAUAUACGAAAUAUUUCCAAGUCCCAAGACCGAAGGCCAGGCAGAUGGAGCCGUUGCUGAGGGGCAGAAAAGCUCUUCGCAACCCACGAUAACGGACGGCUUACAAUCGAUAAAACCGAACGAUUUCCUUAGCGUACACAAAAUACCAUGCGCGCGGCAAGGUCUUAUGACGGGUAUUGGGGCGGGUGCGGCGGUUGGUAUGGGUAGAUAUAUAGUAGGAGGACGAAUACCAAAGGCGGCGAAUUGGGCAUUUGGUGCAUUUUUUCUAGGUUCUAUAGUCCAAUGGGAAUAUUGUCGGGCACAACGAGCGAACGAACGAGUCGCAAUGGCGCGAAUAGUCGAAGUUAUUGAUAAGAAACAAGCCGAAAAGAAAUCACAAGCAGAAGAAGCAGCAAGGUUAAAGCGAGAAGCGGAGGAAAAGGCGAAGCAAGAAGCUGCUGCUACAAAGAAAAGUUGGUUUAAAUUUUGGUGAGCCUAUUUAACCCACGGACCUUUGAAGGGAUACUGUAGCUGCUACUGUACAUUAUCAAUAUGGGGGUAUAACAUCCUACUUGUGUCAACCUUGAGACACUCCAGACAUACCCAUGGUUUCUAUUUAAUCAGGCAGCAUUGGCUUCAGUAGAGUGUGGCCCGCGACAGUGUCAAGCCUUCAGUUAGGCAUAUCUUCCAAAAAAAAAU